AUGGGGGAGCCAACCCUUUUAUGUGGGAUCUCUUCCCUUGAUCUUCUUAGUGGCGUACAGAUCUUAGAGAAGUGGCAAUUUGGUGAUUUAAUGAUUUCUGAGCCAUUAGAAGACAUUUUUAAAUUAUCAUUAUCAAAUUUAUAUAGACAAGAUCCUAAAUAUUUCACAGACGCUGUAACAAUCAUUGCAGAAAUCAAUUGUCUUAAUAUUGCUACAAUAAGUUCGGUAUUUUAUUUGCAAAGAAAAAAUCUUGCAACUUAUAUUUCACUUACAUAUAUAUUUCGACUUUCCUCAAUACGAAAAUGCGAUUUGCAGCACCCUUCUUUAAUCAAAUUCUGCAAAAUUUUCUCUCAACAAAUAAAAGAUGCAAUAACACAAAAUGAACCGCUUAAGAAACUAGAACCUGCAAUACUACAAAGUAAGAGUGACUUAAAUAUAUUUUUUACAUCAGGAGUUCAAUUGAAUACUUUUGUUCAAAUUGAUUACAGCUCAGUAUCUUUUUAUGCUCUAUGUUUAACAUCACAUCUACAAACUGGUAUGACUUCUGUUAUUGAAGUUGAUCCAUAUGAACCUUAUUUAGAUUUAGCAAAUUUUUUACUAUUUUUUACUUUUCCUUUUCAAAGGAACUACGCUAGUUUUGAAGUACACGAUAGAUACAUUCCUGGUUUGUCAAUACAAAUCAUUUCAAGACAACAAAAACCAGAUGAUGAAUUUUUUAAUUCAUUUAAAAGACCAAUAACAUAUAUUAGACUACGAGAAAAGAAAGUAUUUUCUAUAGGUAAUAUACAUUAUGAAAAAAUAACUCAAACAUCUUCAAGAAAUAGAAAAAUAAUUAAGCAAUUACAAGUUCCUGCUCCAUGGCCACUUGCAACUGUUGUUAUUUUACUAGAAAUGCCAGAAAAUCAAAGAGUUAAAGGGUGCCAACUUCAAUUAGAAUCAUUAACUAAUAUAAGCUUAAAUUUCUUAUCAGUUCUCUCGGAAAAGAUUCCAAACAAUGACGCAAUGACACAAGCAAUAAUUAAUGAUAUCUGCCAUGAAAUAAAAAUAUCAGGCAAAGAUGAUUUUCAGAUUAUUUUCUCUGUUGCUUCAAUGUUUGAUCCUUCAAUCAUAUCGAAAUACGUGAAAACUUAA